CUGGCUAGGUGUUGUUGGCCCAUUGCAGGCUGGCUAGGUGUUGUGUUAUUGCAGGCUGGCUAGGUGUUGACCCAUGGCUGGCUAGGUGUUGACCCAUUGCAGGCUGGCUAGGUGUUGUGUUAUUGCAGGCUGGCUAGGUGUUGACCCAUGGCUGGCUAGGUGUUGUGUUAUUGCAGGCUGGCUAGGUGUUGUGUUAUUGCAGGCUGGCUAGGUGUUGACCCAUGGCUGCAGUAGGCAGUAUCCUUUGUGCUGGGCCAGGUAUCUCCACCCACCAGCAGGCAGAGUGUGGGCACUUCCGGGAUGCUGGCAGGAGGUGAGGCACUUCCGGUUGCAGUCUCCGUGGCCGGAUGACGUGGCUGAGCGGCCGCUGAGAGGGCGGCGGGUGUAGCAGGACUCGGGGUUUCCAGUUCCAGCAGCAGCCGGAGGAGGAGGAGGGCGGAGAGAGGAGACAUUACGGAAGCAGCCGCCGCCGACACAUCCCCCCCCCCGCCUUCCGCUGUGUAUCCCGAGCCGCCAGGACACGAUGAGGCCGCUGACGGUGCUGCUGCUGUGCGUGUCCGCGCUGUGUGUGACGGCGGACGAACACGAGCACACGGUGAGACCCCGGGCCGGUGCAGGCCCGCUCUGUGUAACGUGACCCCCCCACUCCCAGGCCGCACAGCCACCCUGUCACCGGCUCACUAUAACCACUGACAGAGGGGCUAUGGGCCUGAGUGUGAGUGCAGGCUUAGGGGACAUGCCCAGGCCUCAAUCACUGGGACUCCAAUCAUGCUCAGCCACAGGGGGAAAGGCUGGCUGGGCGUCAUUGGAAGAGAGAGUUUAUUCUCUGUAUUCUGAAAGCUGUUGUAACACACACAGAGGCUGCAAACUGUCAGGAUGUGAAUAUAAAUAUCUAAACCGGAGCUUCAUUUAAUUAUUUAACGAAAUAAGCCUCUGCCUACAUUCUGCAAUCUGGUUUCCAGCUCACUGUUUGUGAAAAUGCAGUGCCUGGGGUGUAGGAGAAAUAUGAUAUGGAUUUUAGUAUGUGGAGUGUAAGGCCUAAUACAUACAGAACACGAUCUGUUCUUUUUGCCAUUUUACUUAUACUGAUUAUCAGAAUGUGCUGCAAUCCAAAGGAUCUCGUGUGACAUGUUGGUAUCCUGCUUGGCAUGUGCAGUGAUUAUUUCAGAGCUAUUCUCUAAAGCAGGACAUGUCCAGAACUGACAAGGAAAUUUCAAAUACUAGGCCAACAUCUCCAAAUCAGCUAUUUUUUAUUCUAGCUUCCCUAACUUGCUCUUAAAUUUGCAUUUCUCUUAAUGACUACAGUAUAGUGCAUUUUACUAAGCAAGCACAAUUAAUCCUUUUUUUUUUUUUGUCACAUCAUAGUUAUCCGACAAGUGCACUAAAAUAGAAAAUAUUUUGUAGGUGCCAUUAGGUUGUGACAUUGAACGGGAAUCUAAAUAUACAUACACGUGGACAUGUCACAACUACUCAAUCUAUAGAAUUGUUUGUAGGUUAGUUGUGGUGUUUAAAAUCGUGUUGACAUAUACGUAAUAGAAAUGCCAAUCAUUGCCACAUAAUUUGAUGCCAAUAUUUAGUUAGUCAUAUUCCAUUCAAGAUGUUGGCACCUUCUUUUUGGGAACCACAAAUAUUUAGCUCUCUUUAAGAAGUGGUAGCACAACAGAUAUAUGUAAAAGCUCACCUGUUAACUCUAUUUUGGAUGAGACCUGCCUUUAGAAUUUAUUUGAAGAUUCAGCAGAAGAGGUUUUCGGAAUCACCUGUAAUCUCAAUACCUUCUAUUUAUGAAGUAUAUUUUGGAAACCUAGAUAGAGACAAGCUAUGUUAUAUGCAUACUUGUAUUCUUCCCAUUUUAAAACACCUGCUUAAGUUUGUUUGGUUCCAAGCAUAUAGUCUUUGUAUAUAAUAGUACUUUUUGUGCUAAAACUUUUAUAUAAGUAGUAAACAUUUUAUUUGUGAUUGUGUGAAUGUUAAUGAGGUCAAUGUGAGCCCAUAAAUUAAUUUUAACUCCUGCUUUGUUAGCAAAUUGGUUAUGUGAAGACAUUUUUGCGCCGCUUUUACACACCUGAGCUGAUUUGUUUUCACACUUCCUGGAUACGUACAAAAGGAAAUGCCACAUGCACAGGUUUCAGAUACUUAAUUCAUAUUGUUCACUGCAAUCCUCAGAGCAAUAAGCAUAUUCAAGGCUGAAUAUAUAGAUUUUAGUUUUAUUACUUUUAUCUUGGAAAACUGAUAUGUCUUAGGUAUUCAAAUACUUCUUGGGUGUUGUAAAAUCUACUGUUAGAAGGGUUAAAAAUCUUCUAAUUUUUGUAAAGUAGUGCUUUGUUGAACGUAGCAUUAACAUUAAAAUUUUUAGGAAUUUGAAAUUAAUUUUGACAACUUUAUUACAGCUUUUGAUACAAUCAAUGCAUAGAGGCUCAAGAUUACAUUUAAACAUGAAUACUGUAUAUUUUGGAUUAUAGAAUUACAAAAGAAAAUAAUCACAUCUAUAAUAUAUAUAUAUAUAUAUAUAUAUAUAUAUAUUGAAUAAUGUUUAUCAAUUUUUAAAUAAAGUGUGGCAGUAAUAGGGGAAGGUACAAUAUCUCUCCAACCACAGGUGGUAAGGUUCCAUGCCAACAUAAAAUAUAAAACCUUACAGGCAGCAUACAAUCGUAGCACAGCCUGCCAGUUAGCAAUAUAGUCCUUUGUGAUUACCUGGUAAUUGGCCUGUAACCUGAUUUAGGUGAAAGCAGAGCGUAUGCAGAUGAGCUGCAAAACUGGAGAGGUGGGAGGAAAGAAAAAAAGAAGGCUCUUUCUGUGAUCAGUUUACACUUUUUGUCCAAAUCUUAUAAAUGAAUAGUUGUUCAGCUAUGAUUGUAAAGUUCUCAUAAACUUGUGUUUAGCAGUAAAACUUUGACAAAUUCUUCUAUCUUUUAAAUAUAUUCUCAUUUUCUAAGAAUAUACCUAGUUCAUUGGUGAAGGUUGGCAGCAAAACAUUAAUAUAAAAUUUGUUGUUCAAUAUUAUAAAAUGCUGCUGAUCUGCUCCAUGUCCUUAAUUUCUCAUGCUUCUCUUUGUUUAUGUACUACUAUACUGUGCAAAUAAUUUCAGACUCCCUUUCUCAUAAUAAUUAAAAAUGUAAACUCUCGGCUUGCACAUCAUGGCUUCCACUUUUACUUAAGACUGUUUCUUAAUGCCCUCUACUUUACUCUCCAUCUCUCAUCAAAUCCAUUUUAUCUUACAGGACUCUUUCUGAAGUGCUCAUAUCUCUAAAACAAAAAUAUAUAUUAAGAAUAAUGGCAAAGAUGGGGUGUCAGUCAUCUACACGGACCAAUAAAUGACUCAGAUCUCUCAGCCAAUUAUGGCAGUCACAAGUUAUUUAUUUUGUGGCAAUGAUGUACAUAAUGCAUAAACCACUGCACAACAAGAGUUUAUAAAAUGUAUAGUAGCUCUGUUUCCUUUGAGAGCUGUGUAGUGUGUUGUACUGUUUACAUUUUGUGAUUCCCACUAGACGUGUGCACAGUGGAAAACUUUGGUUUGGCUUUUGUUGACAAUGCAAUGUCACCACAUGGCUGAACCAUUUUUUCCAAAAAGGAAAUUUAGUUGGUACCUCUGACAUUGGUUCACUUGAUGGAUUGCUUUGUCCAAAUAUCAUUCACAAAAAAAAUAUCUGGAUAAAAUUAUUAGAACAAACAAAAAAAGUGAGGGAAAUGUGCCAAACAAUGUGUAUGUUUUCCAGUACCCUGAAAUUUUCUGCCAUUUGAGUCACAGAUCAAGUAAAAAAAGUAAUCAUUAGAGAGAAAAAGAGGAAGAGCAUAAAAAAUAUAUAUUUAUAGAUUAUUUUUUUCUACUAGUUUUUCUCUCUAUCUAUUAGACUUUUCUCAUUUGAUCUGUGAAUAAAAUCAACAUUAAAUAGUGGCCCUCUAGUCAUCAAUCAUCCUUCCCUCCCCCCCCAUCAUUAUGUUUAUUUGGUUUUGUGCCAUGGGCAUAAGUGUGAAUCCUGAAGCAAACGAACAUGCUUGUCUAUCACACUUGUUUGCUCAAUAAUGCACCCAUAUGGCGACUUUGGAGAUAUGGAAUUGGCUGACCUGCCGAUCAGCCUAAUUUGGGCGGAUUGCAAUUCUACUGAACGCAAUUUCACUGCAUUAGUGGCUGCAGACUAGGGCACUGCACUAAAAUAGUUACUGUAACUAUUGAUAUCUGACAUCAUAAUGUAAAAUAUGCCGUUUCGUGCGUCCAGUGCUUUUCUGUGAGAAGCAUUCUAUUCUGUGCUUCUCAUAGAGAUGUGUUGGAUUUGUGUAUUGCUGCAAUUGUGCACAUAAGUAAUGUGUUCUUAAAGGGACACUAUAGGCACCCAGACCACGCUGUCAUUGAAGUGGUCUGGAAGCAGUAAUCCCGUCCCCUUAAUCUUGCAAUGUAAAACAUUGCUUUUUUAAAUUAUUAUUAUUAUUAUUAUUAUUAUUAUUAUUAUUAUUAUUAUUAUAUAGAGAAACUGCAAUAUUUACAUUGCAGGUUUAAGACUUCCACUAGUGGCUGUCUAUCAGAUGCUGAACAUCCUAACGGUUUGCAUGAGGGCCACACAUUAGGUUCCCUGAUCGCAAUGUCGGUACUCUGACCCAAUGCCGGAUGAGCUCGGCGCUGGAAUUUUGGUAAGUGAAUAAAGGUGUUUGUUUUUUUUAAACCCUCUCAUUAAUGGCUGGGUAGAGGGCUCUGGGUUGUUCCUUUAACAAUAUUAUAAGGAUGGAUCUGCAUUAGACCUCAUUCAUAUACCAUGAUUUUUCUGACCUUUAGUGACACUAUCUAAGUUUUCAUUUUUUGUAAAUAGUUAAUAUUUGAACACAUGUACUCCAAGAUAAUCCAGGAAUUUACAUAAGACAGUUGAGUUUAGUAACAUAUGAAUGUAUUCAUAAUUUGGUCAAUCCAUAGAUUUCUACUCAACGUUUUGAGGUGUCAGUAACAUUUAGGGCUAUACUGGUAUGGCUCCUGGACUUUGUCAAGCACUAUUUGUUAGGGUGCAAAUUGACUUCAUGCAGUUCUGUCUCGAUGAUGAUGAUGUGGAAAAUUGCCCGAUAGGUGUGUAUACUCAAUACACCAUCACAAAUGUGACUAAUUAUGUGAGUUUUGCUGUUUACUAUAGUCCAAAGCUCAAAUGGAUUAUUUGAUCUGCACAACCCACAUGUUAAAGGAACACUCCUUAGAAAAAAAAUAUUCUAGCAUUUAGUUGAUAAAUAACAUUUGAAUCAGGCAUCUCAAAUUCCAGCUACCUCUCUCCACAAUGACCCUGAUCAGCUACAACAUUAAAAGCAUCUGCCUAACAUUGCGUAGGUCCCUUGUGCUGACAAAACAGCUCUGAUGUGUAGAGGCAUUGACUCCACAAUAUCUCCGAACAUGUCCUGUGGUAUCUAAGACACUGGCACCAGAUCCUAUAAGUCCAAAUUGUGAGGUGAGGCCUCAUGGACCAUUUUUGUUGUUGCAGCAUAUCCCACAGAUUUGAAAUUGUAUUGAGACCUGGAGAAGUUGGAGGCAAAGGCAACACCUUGAAGUGAACUGUUUGUCAUGGUCCACAACCCAUUCCUGAACAAUUUAUGCAGUGUGGCAACAAUUCUCUGUUUUGCCCCCUUAAGCAAUAUUUAAAGUGGGCAUUUUCCUUCUGCGUUAAAUAUUUUAAUUUUAGUUCUAUUUGGAUGGAUUUAAUUUUCUGAGAGAAUCAGCAGUUUCUCUCAAUUAGAGUGACACAUUAGGCACCCAGACCACUUCAUAUAAUUGUAGUGGUCUAGGUUAAGUGUCCCUGUCUCCUUAACCCUGUAAGUGAAAACAUUUAGAGAAACUGCAAUGUUUACAUUGCAGGGUUUAAACAAAGACUAGAUGUGCUUCCUGUAUUUUUAGAGAUUUUUAUUUCCCCCAUUGGGAAGAGUUGAUUUUAAGGAUGUCCUUUGGGGGAGGUCUGCUAACUAUUUAGGUGAACACCCCUAAUUUGAAUACAGCUAUUUGCUUACCUUUUGGCCCUCGCUGCUCUUAUCUGCGUGCGAUGUUCUCAGCCAAUGCAAUGCUUUUUCACAGGGAAGCAUUGGGGGACUCGUGCACAUGCACAGCAAAUCAGUGUUGCGUUAAACCGCAUCUCUUGAGUCAGUUCUUCUCUAUGGGGAGCGUUCAGUAAUUCCACGCUCUGCAUUCUUUGCAAACUCAGAAAGUCGCUAUAGUGGUUGAAGUGACCGCCUAUAGACCACUUUUAUAUCAUUGAUGUGGUCUCGGUACAGUGUGCCUGUCCUUAGUCCUCCAGUUUGAAAAAAUGCAGUAUUUACAUUGCAGGACUAAGACAUUCUUUAGUGGGUGAGAGGAAGACUUGGACCAGAGGGCACUAUAGUGUUAAGUUACAACUUUGUUUGUAACACUGUAUAAUCCCUUUAAGCAGCAGUGUCAACACUGCCUCUUCUCAGAAAAUGCAACAUUUACACUGCUGAACCUGCAGGGACAGGCUUUAUGCCCCAUAACCACUACGGCUAUGUAACUUAGUAACUAUAUAUGACCUACAUGCUUUUUAAUUGUUUUUUUUUUUUUGCUUAAAGGACCACUAUAGGCACCCAGACCACUUCAUCUUAAUGAAGUGGUCUGGGUGCCAGGUCCAGCUAGGUUUAACCCUUUUUUUUCUGUAAACAUAGCAGUUUCAAAGAAACUGCUAUAUUAAAAUAGGGUUAAUCCAGCCUCUAGUGGCUGUCUCAUUGACAGCCGCUAGAGGCGCUUCUCACUGUGAUUUUUACAGUGAGAAGACGACAGCGUCCAUAGGAAAGCAUUGAGAAUGCUUUCCUAUGGACUGGCUGAAUGCGCACGCAGCUCCUGACGCUCAUGUGCAUUCAGCCGAGAAGGAGAAGAGUCCCCCGCCAGGCGCUGGAGAAAGAGGUAAGUUUAACCCCUUCCACCCCCUAGGUGGGGGCAAUCUAUAGUGCCAGGAAAACGAGUGUGUUUUCCUGGCACUAUAGUGGUCCUUUAACAACUUGAAUUGAUUCAGUAGCAUAAUAAUUGAUUUUAAUGCUGAGUUUAAGUAUUAACUUUUUAAGAAAUGGGCUUUGCUAGAUAUUAACAAUGCAAGUAAAGAUUCAGAAAGAAAUACGGGAGAAAAAAAAGCUCAUUACUUUUUUUUUCCAGGGACGAAACUCCUGUUGUGCUGUUGUCCACGCUGCCUCCUGUGACUUCAUCGUGUAGACGUCGCUUCCUGGAAGAUCGUCCAAUCCAAUACUUCUCACAGAGCCACGUGAAUGUCCUGCCAAAUGGUUUUCACAGGGAAGCAUUGAAUUCAGUGCUUGCCUAUGAAUUACAUUUGGGCGCAUUACAGACUUACAAUUGGUUAGUGCACAGGAAACGCCUCUAGUGGUUGUGUGGAAGACAGCCAAUAGAGCUGUAUUUAAAGGGACACCAUAGGCACCCACACUACUUCAGCUCAUUGAAGUGGUCUGGGUGCAUAGUCUCACUUCUCUAAUCCUGCAAAGCAUUGAAAACUGGAAUAAUUACCUUUGAAAGUUAACUCCACCUCUACUGGCUGUCUACCAGAAAGCUAAUAGAGGGAAUUUUGUGACUACUUUUGGUCGCCUAACUGGCACUGGACGUCUUCACCCUAUGCAUGAGGACAUCAAGCACCAUGUAAAACCUUAUAGGAAAGUUUUAUACAUGCUCUCCUACUGGGAAAUACUAAUGCGAGCGCAGCCAUUGAUGCACAUGAACAUUAGGUCUCCCGGCUGGUGUUGGCAGGAUAGGAGCAGAGGCGGAGCCCGAAACAGUGCCUAGGAACAUUACUGGUUGUUAUGCUGAUCAAUAAAUUUUCUGUUAGGCAGAUUAUCUGCCUAAAGCAUUUUUGCCACCAGUCAUUGCCAAAGUUAGUGGUAAUGCUUGGUUUUUGCGCUUUUCUUCCACGUUGCUUGGAACUUUUUGCAUAGAUUAUGUUCAACAAUAUCUCCAGUUUGCUGAAAUAUGCCACAUGCCCUAAUAUUUUUUUAUGCUUUCUUACAGACCAAGAUUUGUAGCAUGCUUACAUAUAUUUUCAGCAAAGAAAGUACAUUAAAAUAAUUUGAACAUAUUGAUGUAAACAAUGGGACACAAGUUUAUUAGCAACAUCUGACUUAUUACAUAUGAGUGUUUUGACAAUCACUGUGUCUAAAAUCUAUUCAGAAUAAUUCUCAUAGAAUGACUUGUGUUUAGUUUUAACACUCAAUAACAAAACUGUUUGACAAAACAGUACUGAAAAGUGUAGCUAAGACCUGUUAGAGGCUUUUGUGGUGUGCGAUCACUUCCCUGAGCUGUCAGCUUUCCAGUAUGCUAUUUUCGAGACUGACCAGAUCAAUUUUGUGCAACUAUUGUGUCUUAUCAGCAUGCCCAAUGUGCUAUACCCAAACAUAGGCCUUGAUUUAAUUCUUUUUGGAUAAGCUUUUCAAAAGAUUUAAUAUUUCUAGAUAAACUUUUUAAAUUUUUUCAAAAUAUUAACAUAUAAAAAUAGAUAAUACAUAAAAAUAAAAAGUUUUUAAAAAUGUAUCCAAAAAUCACACCCCCCCCAAAAAAAAUUAAAGAUUAAAUCAAGACCAUAAUGGACAACCCGCAGUUCCUUGCGGCUGCCGUAUUUUCAUCUGUAGCAUACUGCUAACAGUGGCAGCAAAAUAGAUUUAUGCAGUCUUGGCAAACUGCAGACCUGAGGUGUCACUUGGCGUCUCUGCAGUUAGACAUCCUGGUAUAUGUCCUUGCAGAAUGUAGGCUGUGAUCCCAUACUGCCCAAUUUCAAAGCUAGGCAAUUAGUCUGAAGCAUUUGCUUGGGCAUUGCCUAGCACUAAAAAGGAAGUAAGUGCUGGGCAGAAAUAGAGUGGAUCUUUGUUACCUGCAGAGGCAAGUUUUUCAGAUAAUAGAAUGGAGUUUUAAUAGCUUUGGAACUAUUUGUGCAAGUUUAGUAAAUUCAUAUUUUUGGCAAUUGAUUGUAUACGUUACAAUAUAGAAAAAUUCAAAUAAUAUAAAUAUAUGUAUGUGUGUGCAUAUAUACAUAUGUACACACACGUGUGUGUGUGUAGCAAUAUUUCAGGGCUAAAUGAUCUAGUGCACUUCUAGCAGUAUACAACCUUUGUAAUGGGAUUCUAUGCUAUAUGACCAAUGCCAAGUAGAAGACUUGUCAUACAGGGUCAGUGCUUUCCUAUAGGUACUCUGCAAGAGAAAAUGAAUAUCUUUUCAUAAUUGCCUUCUGCCGUUUCAGUUAAGUCUGUCUAAUCACAGGUUCUAGAAUCAGGGAUUCUUGCUUUUGCCUUCAUAAAAGUAACUACAAUAAAAACAACAAAUCCUCUUUUCUUUUGCGCUCUAAUGUUUAAUAUCUAGUCUUCUGUUGUUUCUUUCCUGCUUAAAUAGCAUUUUUACUCCUAAUAUUUGAAACCAUGUCAAAUGGGGUAAUACCGUUUUCAGAAUUUAUACCAAUCCCCUCUGCAUGUUUUUAUAUGUUCAAACAAUUUGCAAAUGAUGCAUUGUAACUUUAUUUUCCCCCCCUAUUUUUGUUAUUUCUAACAUGCAGUAUAAUGACAAAGAAGAAGUUGUAUUGUGGAUGAACACCGUGGGCCCGUACCACAAUCGGCAAGAGACAUACAAGUACUUCUCUCUGCCGUUCUGUGAGGGAACCAAGAAAAGUAUUAGCCAUUACCAUGAAACUUUAGGUGAAGCUCUUCAAGGAGUGGAGUUGGAGUUUAGCGGGUUAGAUAUUACAUUCAAGGGUGAGUAGUUAAAUUCUUGUUUACAAACCUAUAAUUUGUAUUGUAAAUGUAUUCAGUGUGUACACUAUAUGAUACACCGCAGUCUCUGCCCCUUUGCCAUUUCAUCAUUACUAAUGAUGUAUAUGUACUCUCAUUAAAGUACAACUGUCAUAUUUGAGGUAAUGGAGAGUCCAGGCUGCACAAUUUUUUUUGUAUUUUGUUUUUGCGUGGUUUAUUCUUAAUUUUUUUUCCAACUUGUAUAAGUUUCAUCAACUGAAAUGGCACACACUGGACACAUGCACAUACUUAUUUUUCCUUGAUUCUUCUAGUAAAGUUCUGACGUGUAAGAACUUGUGAUUUGCUUACUCUCUUUGGUCAGAAAAUGCCAUUUUUGAAGUUGUGGUCCAGUCAUCCUUAGAUUUAUGAAGCAUUGGCUGUAUAUCCUGAUGACUUCAACAACUAUUAGAGAAAAAUGCUUACUCCAAAACCAUGACCACUUCUGUGUUUAGAAGUGGUUGUGGUAGUGCGAGUUUGUAUGUGCAGCAUUUCUGCUUGAGAAAGAUAUUUGCACUUUUGUCCCAGGGGCUAGUUUCACCCUGGCACACAUGCUCUGGAUUGCCAAAUGUAAUUUUUUUUUUUUUUUUGGAGCGAAUUCACAGCUCUUUUUAAGCAGCUUUGUGAUUCCUGGAAUGGGCAGCUGAUCUAACUGUAAGCUUACAUGAUCCUCUAACUAUAAAUACAUAUUGAGGGGUUUUGGGGUGAGCAUUACUCAGCAAAUCUGCAAACAUUUCCUGUUCACUAAAAUCAAAUAUUUCUGAACUGAGGUAGUGGCAAUAACAUUUCAGGAGCUGUAACCAUCUGUUAUUAUUAGCUUUAAUUGGAACUUCCAAGUUACUAGUGAAGUUGUUCAACAUUGCUAGGCUUCAGGGGUAAGCAAUCUUCUACACUCCAGAUGUUGUGGACUCCAUGUAUCAUAAUACGGGCAAAGUAUUAUGGGAGAUGUAAUCCGCAACAUCUAGUGUACCAGAGGUUGCUUUCCCCUGUGUUAGGGAACAGACUACAACAGUCUGCCAGUGAAAGAACAAAUAUACAUUAUUACAGCUGUGCACUAUUGACACAUCUGAUAUUGACACAAAUAGGGUUUUGGCAACAUUAAAAAUAAAUUGUUAAAGAAUCAAUCACCUGUUAAUAUUACAAUUCAAAUCAUUUAUGGAAGUCCAUUCAGUCUCUUAGAUUUAGGAAAUAAUAAAGGCCUUUUUAUUCCCCGUAGAGGGGGAAAAAAGAGCUCUGCUUGCGAUGAAUUGUGAAAUCAUUCACUAGCACACUAGUAUUGCUCUCACCUAGUUUUGAGACAGCACUUGUGUCCUAAGAUUCUUUCGUAUUAAAGAAUAGUAAGAACAGGCUCCUUCCCUGUCAUGAAAAAUAAAAUCUUUGAUUGUACUGAAUGUCUACUAACAGGGCCGCUAUCAAGGGGUGACAACCAUGACGGUUGUCACAGGCCUUAUGUGUAGCAGGGGAACUGCCGCCGGUGCAGUUGCACUAGGGCCCCCUCACUGAUGGGGGCCCAUCGAGUGGCCCAAGCAUUUAGGACAACCCAAUGGGCCCUAUAUCUUCAGGGGCCGGUCAGCGCUGUGGCUGUGUAAUAGCGUGACUGGGCCCUUUUUAAAGGCCACAAGUACUGCUGGGAGGAAGUGGCAGCCGGUCACUUCCUUCCAGCUCUCUCCGCUAAACUUCUUCACCAGCAAACAAAUCGGUAUUACUUUCUUGGGACAAAUAUAAUCUGUAAAAAAACAAACCUAUUUCUUCCACACUCUGCAAGAUAGAACUGCUAUUGUGCAGUAUAUCUAUCCAAUCCUUUAUCACACCUCCUAUGUGGAACAACCCUCAAGUCUUUUAAGGACAUACAUUUUGUCCAUAUAUAACAAUAUUUCCAAUCUGCUUUAAAAGAUUCUUACUUUGACGAAAACUCAAUGUAUAUUACAUAACCUGGCAUCGCUACUUCUGCCCAGAGACUCCUAUAUUGAGACCAUCAUCACCAUCAUCUGGACAGGAUACAAGUGGAAUGUAGAACUCUCUGGACAGAAACUUCGAUGCCAGGCUUUUUAAUGAACAUUUCAUUUGAGGUUUUUUUUCAUGUUUAUGGCCCCAGAUAGGGUGAGCAUUGUUCCACAUAGAUGUGGCGGAUGAUUGGAUAGGUAUAUUGCAGAUUUUCAAGAGAUAUGAAAUCAAGGGUUGUCUCAAUAAUAGGUGAUCGCAGUGACUACUUGUGAGCUGAUGCAGAGAUUUACAAUUCAUUUUAGUAGACAUUCUGUGCAAUCGAAAUCUUUAUUUUUCUCGACCGGGAAGGAGACGGUUCUUACUGUUGGUUUCUUAAUAUGAAAUUAAUGGUUGUCCCAAACAUAAUAGGUGAGAGUAAUACUAGUGCUGGUAAAGCGGUUCACAUUUCUCGUUAAGCUAAUAUACUGCACAAUCGUACAGGGAAGCCUUUAUUAUUGGUCCCUAAAUAUGAGACCACAAUUUUAAUGCUAAUAUUAACAGGCAAUUGUCUAAUGAAUUUUAUUUUUGUUUCCAAAAGCCUAUUACGUACGUGUCAGUACAAGAGGUGAUAACAGUGUAUAGGAAGAAUUGUAACAUUGUAUAUUUGCACUUUUGUUGUAACUGUUUGAAUUUGAAAUAUUGUUUUAAUGAGAGCUGCAGUUUAUAGAUUAAGCUGAUUUGACAUUUUGUAUUGUAAAUUGAAAAAAAUAUGCUACACAUAUUGAAGUAGAUAUGCUAGGGCAGUGGUAGGCAAGCUUUUGGCUCUCCAGAUGUUGUAGACUACAUCUUCCGUGAUGUUUUGCGAGCUUGAUGGCCGAAGGAGCAUUAUGGAGCAUCUGAAGUGGUGAAGGUUGCCUACCCCUGUGCUAGGGGAACAUGUUAUGUCUUUUUUAAAUGAGUAAUGAAAAUGUGAGGCAAGUUAGAUAUAGAUAUAUAAUUUUUAUUUAUUUUUAAUAGGCAUGAUUGUCCUCUGAAAUAGUUUUCUUUUUCCACAGAUGAUAUCAUGCAAACAACUUAUUGUGAAAUAGAUUUGGACAAAGCCAAGAAAGAUGCAUUUGUAUAUGCAAUCAAAAACCACUACUGGUAUCAAAUGUACAUCGAUGAUUUACCAAUUUGGGGUAAGUUACUGUGUCAGGGUCGUACCUGGAGCAUUUGGCACCAAUUAAAUGCAGGCGCACAUUUUUCUGUAGUGUGUUUUUCUGUAGUGUUGACAUUUGAAUGCAGGGUUGUAUUUGUGUGUAGUGUAGGCAAAAUGCUGAGAUGUAUGCACAUACAAACACAUACUCGCAUAUACACACACACUGGCACACAUACAGAUACACAGACACAUAGGUACACACAUGCAGUUACAUAGAAACACAGUCAUACACAGAUAUAAACACACAUACAGAUACAAACUAAUAAUAAUAAUAGACGUGCCGACGCAGGUGCAUAGAUAUCUCUAAAUAUGUGUUUCUGGAUUGCUGUUGGCUUUAAAGAUUGGAUAAUAAUAUGGAUUGCUGCUGGUUAUAUUUUCUUUUCUUUCUACAAAUUAGGGAAGAUAUAACACUUUUUGGGGCAUCAGUCUCAGGGCAUUUCUAAUUUUCAUCCUUUAAUAGUCAUCCUCUUGUUAAAAAUAAAUAAUAGUAUAGUUUCACAUAGCAAGGGAUUGCCUAACCCUGGAAGGAGUUUGAGAUUGUUGAUUUCACUUUCCAUGAGACAGCAUCUUGGUAUGCUGCUCCUCUUAACAGAUUUAUUUAUUCACGUGCUUUGCUGUUGGUUUUUAAAUAGAAAUCCUUUGGGACAAGACUGCCUCCAAUUUUGUUUUUCUUUUUUUGCUGUUACUGCCGGUGGAAUUCAUGUACUCCAAUGAUUUUUUUUUUUAAUUUUUUUUUAUAUAUAUAUAUAUAUAGUUUGUUAGCAUUCAUAGUUAAAUAAAAAGUUAGAGCUCAAAUGUCAACAUUUAUUUAUUCUACAUUGGUCUCAUAGCACCUUUAUUGAGAAAGUUCUAAAAAAAACUAAAUUGGGGGAAAAAAGACAAAUUGAGUUAAGCAGCAUUUAAAACGUUUGAUUUAAAAAAAAAAAAUAUAUAUAUAUAUAUAUAUUCAUGUACAAGGCAAUAGCUUAAAUUCUUAAACUGUAAAAUAAGAGAAGUGGUUCAUUCUUAAAUUGUAAUAUUUUGUCAAAAUUAGACUCUUCCAUCAUUGAAGGCUUUUUCCUUGCUCUAGGGCAGGGGCUCCCAACCUAGUCCCAGUCCAGAUUUAUGGAUUACCCUGCUGUGUCUAAAGUGUUUUUUUUUUUUUUUUCCUCAAAAAAACAACUGGGUGAUGAUCCCUAAAUCCUGGACUGUUAGUCUGUACUUGAGGACCGGGUUGGGAACCACUGCUCUAAAGAAAGCAAUACUGUUAUAAAAAACAACUUGUGAGAUGUUUUGUGGAUCCUAGUGGAAAGACAUGCCUGCUUCCUCUGAACAGAGUGAUAAUGACAUGCCUUCAACCACAAUCCAAAUGCACAUCUAACUGAAUAGGUGUAACUGAGCGUCCUCUGAAUAGAGUGAUAUUGCAGACUCUGAAAAAAAUGCACUGCUAUGUUGUUAAUUUUGUGAGAUAAAUUCUUUGGGCUGCAGGCUGUCACAGAUCUGAUCCUCCCGCUCAUGCAAUCUUAAGUCGGCACUGUCACUUUAAAGAAUGGGACACUUAUCUCGUAUAAUCACUUCUCAUAUGUAAGCAACAGUUUGUGCUAUGUUUGAAUCUGACGAUAUAUAUGUAAUAAAAAUAAAUAUUUAUUCAGGUAUUGUUGGAGAGGCUGAUGAAAAUGGAGAAGAUUACUAUCUUUGGACAUACAAAAAGCUGGAAAUAGGUUACAAUGGUAACCGCAUUGUGGAUGUAAAUCUAACCAGUGAAGGGAAAGUCAAACUGGUUCCAAACACAAAAGUACAGAUGUCAUACUCUGUAAGUAGAUCAUUUUAUUUUAUGUUUUAAAUUAUGGUGACAGAAAAAUGUUACUCAGACUAAAGUAAUUUUUUUGUUUGGUUAGAUUAGCUGUAGAACUUAGUUAGUGGAGAAUCUGAGCACAUAACUAGAGCUUGUUGCAGUGUUUAUGGUGCUAUAUGUCUGUGAGUCCUCCAUUCAUUGUUAAACUGUUUGUGGACUGACCUGAAUGAUGCAGGUCUCUCUCCGGUACCAGGAGCAAACCCCUCUUCAGAAAUGUACUUUUGCAUAACCAAGCAUCAUUUCAUUCAAUCUAGAUGACAAUGAUAAUAUUACUGGGCUGCUUAGCUACAAAAUGAAAUGCCUAAAUUGAAAUUUAGCAUCAGUAGAACAUUUCCUGUAGGCAUUGCCUCCAUUUUAUCCAUUAUAUAAUGUGUAAGUCAAAAAUGCUGGUCUGAUAGCCUCAUUUAUUUUAACAACAAAUAUGAUCAAUAUUUCUGGUACAGGAUUUCUUUACCAUUCCCGAACGUUUUAAUGGUGUAAGAUGUAGUUCCAGCAGCUCAAAAUAGUUUAAUUUAUAAAAAGACUUGUGUAAAAUACUGUGUAAGCCUAUAGAAUAACAAUGCUGUACAUAUUUGCCAAGUAACUUUAAUUCAUGAGGGGGUUUCUUCCCAUGAAUGAAGCUAUGUUAGUCCUUUCGUGUGUGACCUACGUACAUAUUGUUUCACAGUAUGCAAGUCACUUAGAACCUGUGUGGCAUGCAGUAUACUUGCUGCUUAUCCCUAGGCUGUCUUGGAUACGUAAGCUCACAGCUGCAGCUACAUUUAACAGUGAAAGAAUAUGGGGGCUUCAUGGAACACAACAUGUGAAAUGUUGUUCUGAGGUUUUUCUUAAGUAUUUUGCGUAGUGGACACUCCUAUUGAUCUUUCAUGAUGAAAAUUUGCUUUUUUACAUAUAACAGAAACCUGUUUUAAUUCUUUUUUUCUUAAAGGUUAAAUGGAAGAAAUCAGAUGUCCGAUUUGAAGACAGAUUUGACAAAUACCUUGAUCCUUCCUUCUUUCAACACAGAGUAUGUAAAAUUUAAAGUAUAUUCUGUGGACAAUGUUUGUUACUAAAAUACAUUUAACAUUUCUUUAGAGCGGAAAAUCAUCAAACCCUUUGUUUUGAUAUAUACAACUUUAUCAAGUCUUUAUUUUACAACUGUUACUUCACAUGAGAAUUGGUAUUUGCUUCAGUUAUUUUUGCAAAGUAAUAGAUGUUUCAAUUCAUCUUCAGAUGCAAAGCUGGGUUCAUGCUGAGUUUAUAUUCGUCUAAUAACAAGAAAAGGAGAUCAAGGAGAAAUAGUUCUCAUCUUCCUAAGCAUGUUGUGUUUCAGUGUAAAAAUUACGACUUAUAGCCUCAUGGACAGAGACGUACCUAGGUUACAUCGCAUACUUAAUUUUCAUUUCACAGUGAGAUCUACACAAGCUUCCCUUUUCUUACCUUUAUAGGGACAGCUGUAAUGGCAAUGGGACUGUUGAGGCGUGAGGUGGUACCCCACCGCUGCCACGCCUCUUUAUCCUGCAACUACCUCUGUCUGAGCUCCUUGUCAGAUAUGCGCUUCAAUUUAACAUUUUUGGGUAAACUUUUAAAAUUUAAAUUUUUUUAAAUAUUAAAAUAUUUAUGUAUGUAUUCCAUAGUUGGUAGUAUAGGCUGAAAAAAAGAUUUGCGUCCAUUUGUAGCUGUUAAUCCAAAAGAAGGCAACAAAAAAAAAGUUUCAAUCACUUUCCAAUUUUGCAGAAAAAAAUUCUCGACACCAACAUGUUAUAUCUCUCAUUGGAAAUGUAUUUAUUCACUAUAAAAACAAAUGUUUUGGGGCACUUGACUAUUACACCAAGAGGGACGUUUAUGACAUUGCAUUCUGAAUACAUAGACAUUAAUAUGCAAUUGAACCUACCUUUUGUAGCUCUAACAGCUUCCACUCUUGUGGGAAGGGUUUCCAUAAGCAUUUUAAGUGUUUCUGUGGGAAUUUUUGUCCCUACAUCCAGUAGAGGAUUUGUGAGGACAGGCACUGAUAUUUGAUGAGAAGGACUGGCUUGCAAUCUCCAUUCCAGUUCAUCCCAAAGGUGUUUGAUGGGGUUGAGGUCAGGGCUCUGUGUGGGACAAUCAAGUUCUUCCACAACAAAUGCAUCCCACAAUGUUUUUAUGGACCUUGCAUUGUGCACUUUGCACAGUCAUUCUGGAAUAGAAAAGGGGCUUCCCAAAACUGUUCCCACAAAGCAGAAAGCAUAGCAUUGUCCAAAAUGUCUUGCUAUGCUGAAGCUUUAAGAUUUCCCUUCACUAGAAGUAAGGGGGUCUAGCCCAACCCCUGAAAAACAGCUGCAUGCCAUUAUACCUCCUCCACCAAAUUUUACUGUUGGCACAAUGCAGUCAGGCAGGUAACGUGCUUCUGGCAUCCGUCAGACUGCCAAACAGAGAAGAAUGAUUCUUCACUCCACAGAGUCCAAUGUUGGCAUUCUUUACACACCAAUCGAUCGGACACUUGGCAUUCUACUUGGUGAUGUGAGGCUUGCAUGCAGCUGCUCGGCCAUGGAAACCCAUUACACAAAGCUCCCUGCACACUGUUUUUGUGCUGCUCUUAAUCCCAGUGUAUGUUUUGGUGGAAUCAUGAGAGUGUUGGCAACUUUACGCACCAUGCACCUCAGCACUCUGUGACUUGGUUUUUUGCUUAGCGGCUAAGUUGCUGCUGUUCCAAAGUGCUCCACUUCCUAAUAAUACCACUUACAGUUGACCGUGCAAUAUCUAGAUUUAUUGCAAAGGUGUCAUCCUGUCACAGUACCCUGGAAUUCACUGAGCUCUUCAGUGCAAUCCAUUUUUAUCAGAACUGUAAAUGCAGACUGCAUGGCUAGGUGCUUGAUAUUAUAAAUUUUUGGCAAUGGGUCUGCUUGAAGCAUCUGAAUUCACUAAUUGGUGUCCCAAUACUUUUGUCCAUAAAGUGUAGGUAGACGGAGAGAGAUAUCGCAAAAAAGUAUAUAUGAUUUUUUCAAAAUAUUAAAUCCUACUAAAAGCGUAGCUUACUAAAGCUAAAAAUCUGUCCUUUUGAACUUGGCAGAAAGCUGGACUGUUCGACAUUAAAUUCAUCCAUCUAAUGGUAUCUUUUAUUUUUUGUAUAUAAAAUAAAACUAAUUCAAUUUAUAACUUCAAUGUUAUACGUUAUUUUUCCCCCCUCCUAUUUAUAUGUAAUAGUGAUUUUUAUUUUUUUAUUUAUUAUUUUUCUUGCUCCCCUCUUUCUCAGAUACAUUGGUUUUCUAUCUUCAAUUCUUUUAUGAUGGUUAUUUUCCUGGUGGGCUUGGUUUCCAUGAUUCUCAUGAGGACUUUAAGGAAAGAUUAUGCUCGGUACAGUAAGGAAGAAGAGAUGGAUGACAUGGUAAGUGGGUUGUGUGAAAUCCACAUCUAUACUUUCUGAUAUUAGAUGUGCUGUAUUUUUGGAUAAUCCUUCAUCAUUCAAAUUUGUUUAAAUUAAAUUGACACUUCUUCACUCAGUCAAAUAGGCCUUUCUGCAGAAGAAGGGUUAUGUUCAUGUGCUAUACAAUCUUGUCACUAAACCUUCUUUGGUCAUAAUAUUCCGGCUCAAUAAUCCAAUAUUGCCAUAUUGGACAAUACUGUAUGCUAUAAAUCAUUACAUACAGGCAGAAAAAAAAAUGCAAAGUCCAUGAGAUUGACGUAUUAAAAUAUCUGUGCAGUAGUCUUGUAAAAUUAAAGAUUAUACUAGCGUAGUGUACUAAUCAUCUUAAUUUUAAUAAUGACAGGAGGCGAAUAUUUUGCAUUAACUUUCUUUACUAACUCCAUAGCAGCAAAGAAAAAAUAGGUGAAUAUGUAAAGAACCCAUUCAGAGUGUGUGUAUAUAAGGGAAAGCAUAUCCAAAGCACUUCCUCUUGAAAAAUGCGACAUCACAAAUCCAUAACAAAAUGGGUAACUGUACGAAAAUCCAACUUUAGCCUUGAAAACGAUAAGGGAAACAAAUUCCUCCCAUAGACCAUGACAACAGGUUAAACUGAAAGAAAAGAGACUAGUUUCAGUGAUACGGAACUGACCGUAUGAAUAUAUAACAGUGAGCUUAUGUUGUCAGAUGUUAAUAUAACUAGAUAUAGUUUAAACAUGCGAGAAUGAAAUUUCCACUAUAAUUAAUCUAAUACACGCAAUAUAUACAUAUAUAGUGCUACAGACCCCAAGUGUCCUGUGACCCUAUAACUUACCAGGAUUGGGAAGAACAACAAAAGGGUGGGGAAAUAUUCGCCUCCUGUCAUUAUUAAAAUUAAGAUUAUUAGUAAACUAUGCUAGUAUAAUCUUCAAUUUUACCAUGACAGGAGACUUCAUAUUUUGCCAUUUUAACGCUUAGUAAGAAGAAAAAAUGCAGUGUUAGAGGACAGACGGAAAUACAAUGUCCGAAACGUGGAUUCGCGUGACCAGUCUGCCAUCUGUAAUAUUCCUGAAAGAUGCGCCCGCCAGAAAAGCAGACGAUGCUACCGCCCCUCGAAUGGAGUGUGCACCGAAGGACGGGUCUAUCCCGGCCAAUGUAAGGAGACAUUUAAUUCAGCUGUACGGAGUGGUAACCAAAACCGGACCAUGAGGACUGACUUAUGAAACCAACAGUUGCUUGCAACGUCGCCUUCACAUAUGCCCAUAAUGCCAUUACCAAGGAAAGUUGAGGGUACCGAAACAAAGAGCGGGUAGAAGACCGACGACGGUUCCUUUUUUGUUGUGAAAUACAGAACAUGACUCCCUCCGGAGUCACCGAAAAAGCGUCCACGUCAAAAGCACGUACAUCCGAGACUCUUCAUUUUUUGCCGACCAGCCCUGGAGAAAACACCUAGUAGGGUUGCCUCUAAAGACUCUGCGCAUGUAGGUGUGAGUUUAUUUAUUAUUAUUUUUUUGAGAGCAAGAGAGAGAACACAUUUAUGUGCUUGUUUAAUUCCUUCAUGAAGGUCUCUCCAAAAAGUUUUCCCUGUGCCUGUGGGCCUAGUUCUUUCACCCCAAGAUCUGCCAAUUUGGGAUCAAUGUGGAAGAGUGCUGCACAGUGCCUCUCAGUCGAGAGGGCUGCAUUGGAAUUUACCAUAAAACAAAACCCGCUUUGGGUCCAUUCUCUGUUGUGCACCCAUUCACGCACCAUUUCCGCAGAGAAAGAGUCUGCCCAGGCGUAUGCGUCGUCCGCUAGGUACCUAACAUGGGCCAGUGGCCCCCAUUGCAUCCAGGAGCUUAUCUCGUGCUCCCCUGAAGCCCCUUUCGACCCCCUUUGCGAGGCUCAAGACCACCUCGUGCUACAAAUGCCAGCAUGAGCUGGUCAAAUUCAGACGUAAAAGCCACUUUAUCAGGUAGCAACGGCCUGGGGUAUUCGGCUUGCAUAUGCUUACGGACAUCUUUGUCCAGGGGCUUCUGUAUCCAAAAAUGCAUGAACUUGAGAUGUUCUGGAGGAGUCCACUCCCCGGAGCGGGGAUGCCUGACGUUCCUGGGGUCAAACCUCCUCUGACCCAAAAAACCUCUUGUUCCUGUGCAGAGGACGCCUCUGUCGUCCCUGCACCCUCCUUACUCUGGGGCUCACCCAGAAAGAUCUCCCUGACGUAGGCGUUGGAGCCCCAUUAACCUUCGUCGGUGUCUGAGACCUCUGCCUGCCACUUGUUCACAUUGGAGAUGAUGUGAGGUACAUCUCUUUCCUCGUCCGAGGAAUCAUCCUGAAUUGGAGGGGCGGCAAUAGGUGUUGGACGCCUUACCCUUUCCAGGGCAGCUCCUUGAGCCCUCGCCUUUCCAAUGGAGUUUCGCCAGGCGUGCCCUCUCUAGAGGAAUCAUCAGAGUCUUCCCUGCCUUGAGAGCGUUAUGGAGCCGGCUUGAUGGGAUCAGAGGCCGUUGAGAACACUUUGGCCAUUGCCUUUUCUAGGGAUACGUGCACUGCCGCGUUAAUCAUGGUGUUCUGGGUAUCUUCCAUGAUAGGCCUAUAUGUAUACGCCAACAACCAGGCACAGGUAGGAGGGGUAGAGGGGCUGAUAGGGAGGGGCCUGAAACAGGCUGUGGGCCUUAAACUUAUACACAGCUUAACAGCAUGCGGCAGAUUAAGCAGACUCUAUUACAAUCAUUGGGGCUCACCCAGGAAACCGGAAUUGCUCAGCAGCACUGUGGGUCGUACCCAAAUGGGUACUCACACCAUGCUCGAAUACUCAGUUAUUCCUGACUGACAGUCCCACUCUCCAGGGGUAUAACACCAACCUGACCAGGUCCCUGACGGUAUAAACAGUACAGCCGAACAGAAAAAUGAAAUCACAGAAAACCUCUUCAUGAUGGGAGUAAAAUAUACGACUAACAUCACCAACAAGAUGGUUGCCGUGGGGAUAAAAUGAUGCUCAAAAGCCCGCGAAACGCGUACGGGUGAAACCGUACAAUUCUUUUAGGUGAAUGCUAUUAGACGCGAAUGGUCCAUUCGCUUAAAAGCUACCGAAUGCUGAAAAUUGCCUGUAUGCGACCGGAAAGACGCGAACGGCUAGUGCAUUCACAAACCACCGAACACCUAUUCAUUGAAAUAGGUGCAAACAGGAAAAAAGCAGCGAACUACCCAUUCGUUCCCACAUGCACGAAGCAACAGUAAUACCUGCCUGAACGCACCGAGAUCAAUGCGAACAGCGCAGGGGAAAGUGCCGAAUGUAGCCACAUGGGUUGGGGGGGGAUAGGCCACCUCAGUGAGGAGGGGAAAAGAGGGCCUGGGGAGAGAGGGGACAGAAUACCAAUAAGAAAAGAAAUAUACAGUCCCACGAGAGAAGUGGAGAUAGAGUCCCCCGUCUCCCCCGGAAAGGAAAUACAGUAGUCACAUACAAUAGGUUCAGAUUAAAGGAGCAGCAGAGAAAGAGGAAGUGCUUUGGAUAUGCUUUCCCUUAUAUACACUCUGAAUGUGUUCUGAUUGGUUCUUUAUUCUAACUGUUUUUUUUCUUUGCUGCUAUGGAGUUAGUAAAGAAAGUUAAUGCAAAAUAUGAAGCCUCUUGUAAUGUGGUAAAAUUAGAUACAUUGCUCUAAUAAACCAAUAGUCUUGCAUUUUCCCACAUAUAGAAAUGUGAGCAAGAAUUUUACCGCUUUUCUCCAAACAACCCUUUUAAUGUAUCACUUCUAUCUCCCAGCUCUCACUGUAAAUAUUACUAAUUGGCACAAUCCAGGUUCAUUUUUGGAUUUUGACAAAAUUUCGACGAUAUUCAUUCAGCAGAACAGAUGUGACCAGUAUAGUGGCUUGUUGCUCACCUUGGUUACAAGGAUUAGACUAUUCUAUGUUGCCGAUUAGUAGGACUUGGUGUCCCUUUAAGAAUAUUAUUUAAUCUGUACAUUGUGCAAACCAAAUUGUAGAACAUGUUUAGACAAAAUCUUGGUUUACUAUAGAUUACAUUGAGUUUUUAAAUUUGUCCAACAUCUCCUAGCCUGCUUAUUUCUGGUAGCUAUAUUGAGUGUAUAUCUUUUAAUUUAUACAUUUGUUUUCAAUUUCACUGUUACUGCUCACGAAUUGUGGCUGACAGGCUCAUGUUACAUUUUUUUUUUUCUCUACCCUGUUCCUCUCCAUACAUUUUAGGCUGCUAGUAAGAUGGACCAAAGGUCCAUUUCAAACCAGGAAGCCCUCUAGUGGUUGUCUGGUAGACAGUCACUGGAGGCAGACUUACGAGUUGCAAUGUUUAACAUUGCAACAUUAAGAGUAAUAGGGACACUGUAUCCAGACCACUUUAAUGAGCUGAAGUGAUCUGGGUGCCUACAGUGUCUCUUUAAAGGGACAAUAUAAGCACCUAAACAUCUACAUCUUGAAGGGUACCUGUCACUAUUCCUACAAAUUAUGUUGUUUUUGUUUUUUUUAAAUAAAAUUUUAUCUAAACAUCGUGCUACCAACCAAUAUUUCUCCUUAGUGGCUCAGUUUGUAUGGACUGUAUCCCAAAGUAUUAACUGACAAGGGGGCAUAGAAGAGACCUCCCACAGGCGGUCCUUCUGCUCUCCACGCAUGGCGACCACAGCGAAAGCUCUGUGAUUUCUAUGGUAACUCCCAAGUUGGUGCUGCUGUUGCUGACUGAGUGUAGAAGCACAAGCUGAUGUUUCUUUAUUCAGAUGAUGGUAAUGAAGCCAGCAUGUUGCCGUCAGAGGAGUUUUGCCCUGCUUAAGGAUGUGUUGCCAAACAGGGCAAAAAAAAAAAGACUGCUGAAGGAGGACCAAAGGGGUAAGUGUUGCAGAAUAGUGACACCAACCUCAGUGAGACAAUGUACUUUUAUUUUAAAGCAACAAAUUCCAACAUCCACCACUCUGCGCAAAAUUAAAUGUGAAAUGAAGAUGCUCAAUUUUGUAAUAAAAUGCAAUUUUUUUUUCUCUCUGUUUGAGAAGGUUUCUAUAUUUACAAAGUACACUUCAAAGAGUAGAAAGAUGUUUUUUUUUUUUUUUUUGUGUUUUUGUUUUUUUUCUCAAAAUGCCUGCCAUGUUUAUUCAGUAAACACAGAAUUGUGCAAAAUUGCAACUUGAAUUUCACAAUUUAGGUUUAAUUAUGUGAUUGGAGACAAGUUGGAGAGUUAUUUUUUUUUUUUUUUUUAUGUGGUGUAAUUCAGACUUCAUUUCAGUAGUUUAGAGAAUAACCAUGUUGGUUUCAACCUUGUGAAAUAUUUGUGACCUCUACUUCAGGGAAUGCUCUAAUUCACUGACAACUGUAUAUUAUAGUUUCAUAUGCUAAUGAACAUGUACUUUUGCAUAUUGUCCUUGUGGGCUGUUAAAUCACUGUGUUUUUGUUUUUCUAUUGUAGGACAGAGAUCUAGGUGACGAGUAUGGUUGGAAGCAGGUUCAUGGAGAUGUGUUUAGACCAUCAAGUCAUCCUCUUAUCUUCUCAUCAUUGAUUGGUUCAGGAUGCCAGAUCUUUGCAGUAUCCCUUAUUGUAAUUAUUGUUGCCAUGAUAGAGGACUUAUACACAGAGUGAGUAUUUGUUGUUUUGACUGGUUGUGGUUAAAUUAUCAUGGCAACGGAAACAAAACCUUGCUUAUGUUCCGCACAUUUACAUAGGUUGCCAAACAUCAGUAGUCGCUACUUUUUCUUGCAUAUUGUCAGAUAAUUAAGGCGAAUUGCAUAAAAUUACAAACAAGGAGAAAUAGAGGGGCAUGAAGGAAUUAAGUUUAGAUUUUGUGGUUAACAACCUUUUAUGUGAAAGUCCCAGGGAUUUAUUCACUAAAUGAGUGUUUUUAAUUUCAUUUCAGAUUGCAGGCUUAAAGGGACACUAUAGUCACCUGAACAACUUUAGCUUAAUGAAGCAGUUUUGGUGUAUAGAACAUGCCCCUGCAGCCUCACUGCUCAAUCCUCUGCCAUUUUGGAGUUAAAUCCCUUUGUUUAUGAACCCUAGUCACACCUCCCUGCAUGUGACUUGCACAGCCUUCCAUAAACACUUCCUGUAAAGAGAGCCCUAUUUAGGCUUUCUUUAUUGCAAGUUCUGUUUGUUUAAGAUUUUCUUAUCCCCUGCUAUGUGAAUAGCUUGCUAGACCCUGCAAGAGCCUCCUGUAUGUGAUUAAAGUUCAAUUUAGAGAUUGAGAUUGAGAUUGAGGUAAAUUACAUCUGUUUGAAAGUGAAACCAGUUUUUUUUUCAUGCAGGCGCUGUCAAUCAUUGCCAGGGGAGGUGUGGCUAGGGCUGCAUAAACAGAAACAAAGUAAUUUAACUCCUAAAUGACAGUGAAUUGAGCAGUGAAAUUGCAGGGGAAUGAUCUAUGCACUAAAACUGCUUUAUUUAGCUAAAGUAAUUUAGGUAACUAUAGUGUUCCUUUAAUGAACACUUGGGUCACCAUAAAAACUUUAUAUAAAUGAAGUUGUUAUGGUGCCAGGAGGCCACCGGGCACGCUUACCUUAAGGGGUUAUGGCAAGAGAGCACCCGGGGUGCUUUAGAUUAUUAUGGUGUAGAGUAUUCCUUUAAAAUAGCUAAGCUGAAGUCUUUUUGCCUAUGAUGACCACAAUUUUUCAAUUCUUAAAGCCCUAUACAUUUGAAUUUAAUAGGCUUAACUAAGCAGACCACGAAAGCACAAAAUCACUUCCCCUUUUGUGAGGUGAAAUCUAACAUGGAUUUUAAUAUUUUUAAUUUUAUAUACAUGAUUUAGAUAUAGGUGGACUUGUCACUGUGCUGCAUGUAUUAUUUUUGAAAAAAAAAUUUGCAUUUGAUUAUACUAUGUGCUUUGUGUUUUAUUCAUACGUUAAAAGGUCAGUCUGAGCACUGUUGCAAAGUUCAUGAUGCUUCUUAUCUUGAGCCCACUUAUGAAACAUGAGACAAUGCCCUUUUAGAAAUGUCUACAUAUGAUGCACACAGGGCACAGAUUCAGUUGUAUUGCUGGAUGUUCUCACUUGGCAAGAUAUGCUUUGGUUAAUUUUUUUGUUCUUUCUUAGCUUGGCCUUGAAUUGCGUUGACAUUGUACCUAUAGUCAUACACUUUUUCACCAUCCUUGAUCCAUCUAAAUGUAAUUCCUUAAUCCAAACUUAAAAAAAAAAAAAUGUGUUCUUUGUUUUCAAAGGCGAGGAUCUAUGCUCAGUACAGCUAUAUUUGUUUAUGCUGCAACAUCUCCUGUAAAUGGAUAUUUUGGAGGAAGCCUUUAUGCCAGACAAGGAGGUAAUUUCUCUUGGGAUGUUUGAUCUAUAUCUGUUAAAUAUAUCUAUCUAUCUACCUAUGUCUAUAUCUGUCUAGCUCUCUCUCUAGCUGUCUAGCUCUCUCUCGCUAGCUGUCUAGCUCUCUCUCGCUAGCUGUCUAGCUCUCUCUCGCUAGCUGUCUAGCUCUCUCUCGCUAGCUGUCUAGCUCUCUCUCGCUAGCUGUCUAGCUCUCUCUCGCUAGCUGUCUAGCUCUCUCUCUCUAGCUGUCUAGCUCUCUCUCGCUAGCUGUCUAGCUCUCUCUCGCUAGCUGUCUAGCUCUCUCUCGCUAGCUGUCUAGCUCUCUCUCGCUAGCUGUCUAGCUCUCUCUCGCUAGCUGUCUAGCUCUCUCUCGCUAGCUGUCUAGCUCUCUCUCGCUAGCUGUCUAGCUCUCUCUCGCUAGCUGUCUAGCUAUAGCUAUAUCUAUCUCUAUAUCUCUAUAUCUCCCUAUAUGAGAAAAGUUCAGUAAGGACUGAAAUGUCAACCUAUAUUUGUACAUACUGCUCAAAGUAAGAAAAGGUCCUGUAAGUGCACUGUAUAUUUACCUGUUUUCUAACCAAUAAACUCCUCUAGAAGUCUUGCCAGUUUUGAUGAAUGAGUUGCAUAGUGCUACAGUAUUUUUGCUGCCUCAAAUGUUCCAACACUUUUAGGGUGGAUUUCUGAAUUAAAGUAAUGGUGAACUGAGUGUUGCACAGAUAUUUCAAACUUUAGAUUACCCUAGUUUUUACAAGGGUGCUCUUACCACCAUAACCACUAGAGUUCGUUGUAGUGGGCAUGGUGCAGAGACUCUUUGGAGGCCAUUUCUCCGGUUUAUGCAAACCAUUUUUAAUCUCAGUGCAGCAAAUGUCUGCUGUCAAGAUAAGGUUGACAAAUAAAAUAACAUUUUAGUUUGCAUGUGGAAUGCACAGGGUAUAAGAAUUCAAGUAGACAGCCAACACUACAGAGAUGGAUACUGUUAAAAUACUUGUAUCUCAAGUUUUUAGAAACUCUGAGGCCUAAAAUCUUUUUGCUGACUCUUAAACCUUUUGUAUAAAACAAAUUUACCUUCUCUCUUGGUUUCAUGCCUCGAACAACCAUUUGUCUCAUACAGUCUACUAAAGUUUGUUUUUUCCCAGCAUUUAUGUGCAUAAAGGGUGGCUAUUCUCAUUUCCUAGUAUCUGUGAUAUUAUCAUAAUCGAUAUUUAUAUAGUGCUAACAUAUUCCACAGCACUUUACAUUUAUAGAAUGGUGAUACCUGACCAACAGUAGUUGACAUAAUAUUAACAUAUUAAGACAAGAUGUGAUAAUUAAAAGAGCUGUAUGGUUAUGAUGCUAGGAUGGGUGUCUUUAUGUAUGCAUAUUUAUACAUAUUCAAAUGGGCGUUUUAAAAUUUAUUUUUUAGGACGUCGGUGGAUAAAACAAAUGUUCAUUGGAGCUUUUCUAAUCCCAGCCAUGGUUUGUGGGACUGCAUUUUUCAUCAACUUUAUUGCUAUGUAUUAUCAUGCAUCAAGAGCCAUCCCAUUUGGAACAAUGGUAAGUUUUGAUGAUUCUAUAAUAUGUGUCUGGUGAAGGGAAAAACAAGACUGACAUUUAACAGUGAACUGUGCAUUUACGGGCAUCCAGAUGGAAGCACGUGUUAGCAUCAAGUUAUUCAUCGGAAAUUUUUUAUCCAGUUACCGCUUGGGUUGUGGUGGAUGUAGGUAAUUCCAAAACCUGAAAUUCACUAAGAUGACAUCAUAUUCCCGAUUUGCAAACAAACACAAAAAUAAAUUGAAGAUUAGGUUAUGUCUGUUUUACAAACUUUGAAAACCAUGGUCUGCCAGUUAUUACAAGUCACAGAAAGAAAUUUAGAAUUUCACCUUCCUACUAAAAAGCUUGAAUGGCUGCAUGCUCUAGAUGUCCACAACUAUACUAACAGCCUGGACAUUCACUAUAGUCACUCUGGUUGUAUUGCAUGGGGUUGUUCAAACCAAAAAAACAUUUAUGCCCAAAUAUUUCAUUCUAAGUGUAUGUGUGCGGGGGAUUGCCUAUUUAAAGUGUCCCUAGAUGCCGUGUCUAGCUGUUCUGCCUACAGCUGUGGGCAGACCCUGCUCCCCCCCACACCAUGAUGAGUCAUUUAAAUUAUUCCAUAAUUCCCUUUCAAGCAGAGGAUUAUGCGUGAUGUUCAUCCCAAAAAAACAUUUAUGAUUUGAACUUCUGUUUACAGAUAUACGGAAGGCACCCAAACUUCCCAGUGAAGUGGUGUGGGUGUAGUUGCUCUUUAGUUUUAACCCUGCAGUCUGAAAUAUUGCCCUUUAGUAGAUACAUCAAAUUGCAUUGUUAAUUACACAUCUAGUGGCUGUCUUCCUGCAAAUACUGGGCCAGUACCUCAGUAGUUAGGACCACCAGCGUUGGGAAUACAUGUUUGUAUUCCUAAAACUAGUGUUCCUUGAAACGGGUAGUUAUACAAUGGCUGUUAUCAGUUUAUACUUAUCCUAAUUCACUGUUUAGUGGAAUAAGUUGUGUAUUAGCAGUGAUUGAGCCACAGCAAGACUAUAUUGCUGGGAGAUAAGAGACUUUCCUACUAUGAAUAUGGUAUGGGUAUGCACAAAUAGUUCUGGGACACUUAUAUCAAAUCUGUCGCAAAGUGAUCCCAGCUGCUUGAUUGACAGCCCUAGUGGGCUUUAACAGCAUUGAUUUUUUUUUAAAGAUAGCUGUCACUGUAGCCCACUCUCCUAAAUGAUUGUGGUCCCAAGAUGCUCUAAGCACUUUGCAAUAAUGCAAAGUGCAUGGUGCUUAGACUGACCUAUUAAAUGUAUGCCCUCAAGGUGGCGCUAUAAGGUCACUUUAGAAACGUGCCAUGCUGCAUAUUUUGCUUCACUUCUUUAAGAAGAGAUUUGUGUGUGUUUUUUUUGUAUGGUUUUCUUAUUUUUUCUGUCUAUUUACAUAUUGCAUUAUAUAUCCAAACAAUGAUGUAUACAUAAUGGGUUUUAAAGCCUUUCGCUUUUUAUGUGAUUUAUGUAUGCACAUGAUGUAUGUAAUGCAUGUUUCUUUGUUUGUCUCUAUCGUUUAACUUUCAUCUAGAUUUUUAAUAUCCAUUCGAAAGUAUGCUCAAUAUAAAAGAAAUUCUGCCAUUGCGCUAAUAUAAGAACCUUUUAAGCAACUAUUUAAGAAUUUGGACUGAGGAAGAGAUGUCUUUUAAUGUUCAUGGGAUUUCUAGCUCAGGAGUUCUGAUACGGUGGGGGGAGCGUGUUUCAGUUUGUCAAGCUGUUUAAUUCUUGAAAUUAUUUAGCAAGUUUGAUACUGGGUGAAGCUUUGCUGUUCCAAGCCAGGAGGGAUCUCCAGUUCCUGUCGGAAAAGCUUAUAAUGCUGAUCUUUGACAUGUACUGAACGUGCAUUUUCCCAAUUUUACAUUCCUUGGUAGUAAUCUUAUUUAUGGCUCAGGAAUGCUGACAGAAUGGCAUUCCACAUGCAUUGAAUGCCUUUUUAUUUGGUCCUAUGGCUGUAUUUAUUCUUUUUUUCUUUAAGUACACAACUUUGUCUCAUCUGGGCACCCAUACUUCAUUUUGGAGGUUUACGGGGGUCACACAAGGAUUUUUCUUUUCUAAGAAAAGCAUAAUUUAAGCUAUGCAAACUACAUGCCUGGAAAGAGUCCAAGGCAAUUGUGAGCUGGUGCUUGGCUUACAAAUUAAACCUGCUGUAACUUGCUGGGUUCAGUUUGUAUUCCAAGAGUAAAGUUUGAACUGCAACAUCAAGUAUGUUGUGGGAGAAAAGCUGUUUUCCAAUAUUUUAUUUUUUAAUUUCUUCUAUUAGACAUACCUUUGGAAAGCUAUAUGUUAAAAGGUAAAGAUUUGUAAAAUGUAAAUUGUGUGACUUUUUUUACUGUACUACUUAAACUUCUUAAACAUUUACAGCGGGUGGGGGGAUGGUGUUGCGAGAAAGCCUUCAAGGCGACAUGCAAAAACAAUGUUUGCAUCUGCUUAAUUACUGCUCGUAUAUUUUUGACAUGUUGUUGCAGGGAUACUGUAAAGGUUGUUUAUUUUACACAGUCCACUUUUUAUUUAACGGUGAAAUUGUGAUAGUUACUUGGCCCUCAUAUGUGCACUAUUAGAUAGUUCUGGUUUCAGUGGCAAAUUUGAAUGUCUCAAAGUCUUCAGUAUGCCAAAUUUACCUUUACCACAUGUAAGCUAGGUUAUCUUGAAAAAGUUGUGCGAUUAAAAUAUUCGCAUUUAUCUUCAUACUUGUCUUGUUCAAUUAAAACAAAUAAGUCUUAUUGGUAUUAGAGUGGUACUCUCCCCCUUGUCCCCCCUCCCCCUUGUCCCCCCUCCCCCUUCUCUGUAAAUUAAGUAUUACAUAAAGAUAAAGCUCAGUAUGUUUCCUGGGUGGAGCUUCUGCCGUCAAGAAGUGUCAAUCCACCACCCAGUGACAGCUGCAGGGAAUUGGCUCCAUCUAUGGAGAAACUCACGGGUUCCUCCAUAGACCUUAAGUGUGUGCGUUGUUGUUCGUCCUUCUCCAUCUGGAGUGUUUUCAAGUUAUGCAAAGCCCCUAAAUAGUGACAGUUCCACUUUAAUAAAGUAUUCUAAGUGGUAGAUUUUAUAUACCGUAAUAUAUCUUGGAAAUCUUCACGUAAUAAUAAUAAUGUCUGUUUCCUAGGUUGCUGUGUGCUGUAUUUGUCUGUUUGUGAUACUUCCAUUGAACCUGGUGGGCACAAUUCUUGGCCGGAAUUUGGCAGGGCAACCCAACUUUCCUUGUCGUGUCAAUGCAGUUCCUCGUCCUAUCCCAGAGAAAAAAUGGUACGUUAAAUCCUUUUUUUUUUUUUUUUCUUUUUUUUUUUAUUCUAAAAUGAAUAUCUAUGAAAUCUUUUUAUUUACUUGAUGUUUCCCUGCUAUUUUAUCAAAAUGUUAACUGAUGGAAAAGUGACCUUUUCAUUAUUGCCAUACCCCAAAAAGUAAAUAAAAAGCAUUUAUGGAGGGGGGGUGUUCAUUGUCAAUGUCAUUAAACAGUGAUAGUUUGGGUGUGCACAUGCUUCUAUAGUGGCAUCGUGGGAGUAAAAUGAAUUUGCACAGUGUGCUCUGCGAUCAGCCAGAAUUCGUUUAAAAGGGGGGGGACGGACGGACAAGAAACAAUCCAUUUCUAACUUUUAGCUAGCUGCCAGAUUAUGCCAAAAAUACAAUAUUACUGUAUUGUUUAGCAUCUAAGUAGGACAACGUGGAGGGAGUGGUCAUAGCACAGUAUCACAGCCAAGGUUUGUGCUGGUUUUCAAGGCAGUUGUGGUUUAAAUACUACUAAGAGGCUGUCCUGAACCACAUUGCUUAUACUUUUGUUCAGCUUUGAACACUUUUUCAAGAGAGAUUUCGACUGCAGAAUUACAUGUAUAUGUUUUCCCUUUAAACACAAUUACAUUUCAUCUUUUGGUUGUUGCAGGUUUAUGGAGCCAGCUGUUAUCGUUUGCUUGGGUGGAAUUUUACCUUUCGGAUCCAUUUUUAUUGAAAUGUAUGUGUUUUUUUUUGCUUUUUCAUUAUCCUUCCACAUUUUAAAUAGCAUUGAAUAAAAGCAUAAGUAUGAACAUUUAUGAGACCUUGUUAAAAUAUAUGGUUCUGUGAACACACUGUCAUGGUACAUAAGCUCUAAGAAGCACUUUGGUGGCAGACUACAUGAAUUAUACUGUAUUUUAUCUUCACAUGCAUGCAGUAUCUUAUUUUGAGUUGGGCUAUCUAUUCUUUAAAGAAGUUAUCAUUUAAAUUAAGCUUGUUGCUUUUUAAUUUAUGUAGGUUUUUAUAAUUGAGGGUUUUUUAGUUUUUUUUUUUUUUGGUAGGAUUUCUCUGACAUCACCUUAGUUUCUUUCCUAUAGGGGGUGAUAGUCCAUAUUGCACUAGGCUUUGCACUUUUCUUUUGUUGUCACUGUCUGUAUUCUGGAAGCUGCUUACCACCUAUACACACAACCUCAUUGCACACAUGCACUAUUUUAGUACAUAAAAAGGGAGUUAUAAGUCUGUUUGCCUGGAUAGUUUGGACAUUUUAAAUUUCCUGCUGUGGGGCAGCAUUCUACUUUAUACAACACUUUAUUUAUAUAUUCUAUUCACAGGUAUUUCAUUUUCACUUCAUUCUGGGCAUACAAGAUCUACUAUGUCUAUGGCUUCAUGAUGCUGGUGCUAGUUAUCCUCUGCAUUGUGACUGUUUGUGUAACCAUCGUAUGUACAUACUUCCUACUAAAUGCUGAGGAUUAUAGGUGGUAAGUAUUAUUGUGAUGUUUUCAUUUCACUGCAAGAGAUUUGUUUAUCAUAAGCCACAACAGAUGCCCAUAUUAAUGUGUUCAAAAUCUUUUCCUUAUUUUUUUAGUUUUUGUAAAUAAUAGAAUGAUGUCUAGAUUCUAAAGUGUAAUUAAAGUUUUAGAUUGCAUAGUUAUUGCCACUGUCACUUUGAAAACUGCCUUUGCUUGGUGUGUUUUUCUUUGUUUUACACCCAACUUUUGGCAUAGAGAGGGUGUUUGGCAUCUUUGGGAAAGUCACUCAAAUACACCCUCUUUUCUGCACUGUGGAAAGCUACGUGCUUAUCAGUUUAACUAUUGAAAUAUUAGGUUUUCUUAUUGGUGGUGUUUGCAUGUUUUUUACACUGUCAGAACAUUGUGGCUUUAUCCUCUAUAUCUGUUUAAACAUGUUUAGUAAAAUCUAUGAUUUGUUGGAGGUUGUGUUAUUGGCUUGUGCAAAUGAUUCACAGAACCUCUUCAAGUUGAGUUUUUAUUUGUGUUUUUUUUUUGCUGUUCCUUAGAAUUUCUAAACAAAUUGCAUCUUUUUUUUCCAGGCAAUGGACAAGCUUCCUUUCUGCUGCUUCAACUGCAAUCUAUGUUUACAUGUAUUCAUUUUACUACUACUUUUUCAAAACUAAGUAAGUACGAGUCCUUUGCAUAUAUACAUGUUGCUGCUAAAUAGUAUCCCUUCUUUACUGAUGUGUUGCGACAAACUGCAAAAAAAGUAUACAGUAAUGAAUGCCGAUAGUUGUGGUUUUUUCUAUAGUAGGUUUAACUCUAUAAAUUAAAGGGUUACAGCGCGCUGUAGGUUUUAUGAUGCCAGGAGUACCCUUGCCUGGUUCCCUGGCCUAUCUUUUUAGCAAGCACUAACUUAGUCCCCACUGGUCUUGAAGGCUUUAUGGUGGUCCAGUUAUGCAUGCUGGUUUCUGCAGAGUCAUGGAUGCUGCAGAUGUCGCCAUUCAUUGGUUGAGAGUGUCAGCUGACCGCUCUCAAUCGAUGGCUGAUGUGCAAUGAAAGUUACAUAUUAUUGACAUUCACCAUUCUGGAACUCUAGUUCUGAGCUGGCUAAUGACACUGCUGAAGGUAGAGUUAGCAGAGGGAUUAAACUCCUUAUGUGCUGUGUUCCAUAGCGAAACACUGCACAUACAGACUCCAGGCACCGUGACUACUUCAAAUCAUUGAAGUGGCCUUGGUAUUUGAAGUAACACUUUAAUAUUUUAUCCACAAUAAAGGCUAACUUAUUUGUUAAAUCUGAACACAGAUUGUGGAACCAAUUGCCCAACUCUUUUAAUGCAAGCAUUGGAAAAGCAUUAAUAAGUGUAUUGUUUCAUUUUUACGUAGGGUUUUUAAUACUAGUGGUUGAUUAUUUUGGCAGAGAUUGGUCCAUAAAUAGUAAUUGUAGCUUAAACCGUAACAGAAUUUAUUCUGAAGAGGUUUUACCAUCUGUGUAUCGGGCACGUCACAAGAAAAGUACUAUAGUAUGAGUGACUAACCGUUGCGAAUUGCAAGGUGUUAAUGAAUGUUCAUGAGUUUAAAAUGGCAAAUUACUAGCAAAAUAUUGAUAAUAUUAUAGUGUAAUCAAUCAGGCACAAUUUAUAGUUGGGGGAACAAAAUCAAGGGUUUAUGCAGUAUGGAUUCAGUGCUGUAAUGGCACUACUGAAAUAACUUGGUUUGUCACUUUAUUAAAAAAUGUUACAACAUCUACUCUCUAGUUCUGCAAAAUCUUUAUUUUACUGCAAUUAGUUUUUUGUUAAUGCAAUUCAUAUUACUAUAUCACAGUAUUAAAAUAUAUUCCAAUGUGCCUUCUAAAUGGUAUUCAUGUGAAGUGUUUAAUUGAUAAUGUAAGAAAUCGUAAUAGUAGACAUAUUUUUUUUCUUAUUUAGAUUGAUUUUGUAGUGCAUAUGUUAAUUUCCUAAUACUUGACUUUACUGUUUGAAGUAAAUCACACAAUUACGCUUGGUGUCUCAGUAUUUUGCAUUAAUAUUAAUUACAUUUUCUUUUCCCUUUAUAUCAGGAUGUAUGGAUUGUUUCAAACAUCGUUUUACUUUGGAUAUAUGGCAGUAUUUAGUACAGCCUUGGGAAUUAUGUGUGGUAAGUUUUGGUUUGUUUGCUUAAUUGAUUAAUGCAAACAAAUUAAUAAUUUUGCAUUAAAGUUAAGUUUAAGAUAUUAAAAUAUAACUUUUUGGUGAAUAGCUUUUUUUAAUUUUUUGGUUAUAUAAACACUUAGUGGACAUUUUAUGCACACCUGCUCAUUGCCAAAACAAAUCAUGUGACAGCACCUCCUGAUAUUCAGUAAGUAAAGAGGUUUUGUUGUUGCUCUGCAAGACAUUAGAGGAAUAUGUGUGAUAUGAAAGACUUUGACGAGGAAUGAUUGUUGGGGCCAGACUCUGUGAUUCCAGCAGCUCAUAAACUGAUGCCCCUGGGGGAUUUUCAUGUACUCUUGUGUCAAGAGUUUACAGAGAAUGGUGUGAUAACUAAAAACAUCCAGUGAGCUCUGUUGGUGGGAGAAGCAAAAAAACCUUGGUAAUGAUAAUGAUAGGCCAAAGGAAAUUGAACAGACUCAUUUAGGGUUAUAAAUAAUAGGUGUCCUGGUCUAAAGUACUAAAAGUGGGGCAGGCACCAUUGAGAUCAGUGUAACCAGUAAGCACAUUCGUUUGGAGACUGCCCAUUUUUUUUAUAUAUAUAUAUAUAUAUUUUAUGGCAAAUGAGCAGACUAUGCAGUUGUCGGGACAGGGACACUCUUAGGAAUACAGAUUUGUAUUUCUAACGCUAUAGUCUUUCUUUAACCUUAAAUACGCAUAGACAGAUAAAUAUAUGCAAAUACGUUUGUGUUUAAAAAUUAUAUUAAACUAUUCUAAUGUGUUAAAUUGUUUCAUCUGUUUUGCUUGUAAUUUUUUUUGCUGUCCUUUUCUCCAAGUACUUGUUUUCCUAAACUUAACAGUAACUUACCGUUCAAUGGUGUGCAUAAUUGCCUGAUCUCAGUAUAUAUAUAGCAGAUUUGGCGUAAUCUAUGGGACUGCAGUUAUGCUCUUGAGUCAUCGUGGACUAGAAUCCUUAAAGAAAUGUUGCGAGCACUUUGUAAAAUAUACAAUGCAAAUAAUGAACUCCAUUUUGGAGGCCAAAUUUGUUUCUAUCAGUAAUAGACGUCAGGUGUGCCUAAUAUUGUGCCCACUGAAAGUACAUUUCUUAACACCAUUAUUACAAAAUACUUUUUCACAUAAAAGGUAGUUGUGUACAAUGGUGGCUUCCCUGUUUAUUCAUUAUUUCUCGCCUUCAAGUUGUUGUUUUUUGUUUUUUUUCCCCUAUCAUAGGAGCAAUUGGUUACAUGGGAACAAGUGCCUUUGUCCGGAAAAUUUACACUAAUGUGAAAAUUGACUGAGGAAUCCAUCAGGAAUGGGAGCUGUGGACCAGUUACUACAUUUUUUCUGGGGUGGGGGGUUUCAAACAUGCACAUGAGUGCCAGAAGAGAUUGGGUUUUAACACUGAGUACUGUGUUGGUCUCCGUUUAUGUGGAUGGCUUAAAACGGCAUCUAUUUCAUUGAUCCUAGGUUCUUACUGACUGCUUUCUCCAACUGUUCACAGCAAAUGCUCGGAUAAUAUGCAGUAAGCAUUACUACAGUACAUGGCUAAUCUUCCCAAAAACUAGCUCAUUAAAGAUGAAUAGACUAGCUCUCUUCAGUGAAGAGGACAAACAGUUUAUUUAAAGCAUUUGUUCCAUUAAAUAAAAAGAGGGAAACUUGGCUGCUCAAACUAGUUGAUUAGUAGUCUUCUUGGUACCUUCUAAAGGCUAUAGGAAUGCUGUUUCAUGAAACUUCCUUUAGUUUUUGUUGCCACUUUAAAUAUGUACGUUUAUAUUUUGACUGUGGUGUCCAUUGAUUUGCAGUGUCAAACACACCUGCACCGUUUCUUUGUUUAGAAGUUUUAAAAACAAAAAAAAUAUUAAAAACAAUCCUAUAUGUAGUAUAACAAUGUUCUGUAUCUUUGGACCAAUUUCCAACGUAUUUAUCUCUGAAAUAAUCAAUUGAAAUGGCAAUUUAAGAAUCCAUCCAAAGUAGGCUGAAAACCGGUGUUCUCGGCACUGCAAUUUACUGUAUAGCUAAGAAAGGAAAAAAAUGUUAAAUGGAUUUUGUUUUUAUAACUGUUUCUGGGUCUAGAUUAAAAAAAACAAAACAAAAAAAAAAACAUAAAGCUUUUAACUAAAUUCUUAUAUUACACCCAUUCUUCCCAAUUAAUAGUUUGUUUCUAUGUUUUGAAAUAAGUCUUUAUUUUCUUUGUUUUGGGGUGUGAAUGAAGGCUUUUCUUAAAAUGUAAAAGGGGAAAUAAGUGUAAAUAACAUUAAAUAAUGUAACUUAGGUUUAGAUCCCAAAUGUAUUUGGAUGUACAGGUUUAUUACGGAGUACUUUUUUCUGACAAUGAUUCGAUGUACAAAUUCUGUGGUGUCUGGUGGCUUUUUACAUCUUGCCUGCCAUUGCAUGAGACAUUGUUUUUUUUUCUUCAUAAUGUGUCAGGUUUAAUUAUUUUUUAUUUUGGAUUUCUUUUUAUUUUUAAUUAUUUCCUUCUGAUGCUCUUACAGAAAAAAAGUCAAAUUUGUAAUUUAGAACAUUGAAUUUUUGUUAAUCUUGACUGGACACUUGUGUAACAUCUGAAGCAUUGUGGCUUUGGAGUGUUCAGAGAACUGAAAUAAAAUUUUCAGACAAAAUGUCUUGAUUAUACACUUGUUUUUAUUUUUGGACACAUUCAGGAACAGUUGGGAUGAAUUUUAAUAUAUCUGCUCCUUAUGUGCGCAGUUUGCAAGGGAGUUUGCUCUGACUGGUUAAAUUGUGACCCUUCCACCACUCUAAGUUUAAGCUCUAAGUUUAAGUUUAUAUGUUGCCAUUUAUUUAUUUUAAGUUGUUAAAAAACUUUUAUCGGAUGAAAGCCAAGGAGUGUUCAGAAAAAUCAAAUCACUUGCUCCUCCAUAUGAAUGUUGGGUAUUCCUGCCUAAACAGGAUUGAGACUGUUCACAUAGCCUGUUUCUGUAUGUUCCAAAUGUACAUUUAGUGAUUGUGCAGCAAUGUGUAAUUUCUUUCUAUGUAAAUAUUGCAUAUGUAGAUCAUUACACAUCAUUGUACUAGGCUAGCAUUCUCAGUCAUUUGAAUUGACCGAGCUGCCAACUUUUUAACGUCCCUUUAACUUCCUUUGUUUUCUUCUUAUAUGGCUUGCUUUGUCAUCUACCUUUGCAUGAGAUAAAAUAAUUAUAAUGCUGGUUCUAUUCUUCAUACCCAUAUCCCAUAUUGUAAUUUUUCCAUUCAUUUUCAAGAAUUGUUCUUCAAGUACUGGUAGUUGCACACAGCCAGAUGCACAUUAAAAGUAAAAUGUGCAUUAACGUGUAAUAAAAGAUUACUUAUUUUAAAAGCUGCACUGUGUCCCUUUUAACCACUUCUUUAUGAAUACAAAUUUUCACUGUGUUGGCAUUUCACUGAAAUUCCAACCCAGUCAAGAGACAUGCAGAGACAAAGUAGAGACUACUUUGUGUCUGUAUAUUUCCUACCUUGACAUUUGUAGACACUGGGUGUAGCUACCGUUGUCUAGAAGUGUCAGUCCCCCCAGACAGAAGCUGAAGAGGACCCGCUGGAGGAAGAUGGCAGAUUUAGGUAAGAAAAUGUCGCCUUUACUUUUUUUUUUUUUCUCUUUUCUGACCAAAAACUUUUCAGUUAAUCCAGAGCCAGUGCACAUUCACCUAAACUGCCAUCAUGUCCAAGCACUAGGCAUCUCAAAAAUGUAUUCUGUGAUGGUUUCAGACCUUUAGAUUGUUCAUUUUGUUUUGUAGCAGACUAAAUAUUGGAGGCUCACAUGAAGCAAGGUUACGCUAAGAAGUGUAUUAAAGGAGUCUUUGACUCUUUGCAAAAUAAAUGAGGCUAUAAUGCAUGUAAAUUUUUAUUAAAACGAAGAAGAUGACCAUUUUCUUUUAAGCUCAUGAGCAUCAUGUCAUGCAUUGACUGCUGUAGGAAUUGCCUAAACCUGCUUAAGUGGUUCAAGUUUUGUCCUCUGUUGAGCAGUCAUGAUGCAAAUGGUAAACUGAAAAUGGCAGAGCCAAAAUUUGACAAUUAUGAUCGGGGAAAACCAUCCCAUAAUGAAAUGACUUAAACCAUCUAUAGAAAAUGUUACUUGAAACACCAUAUCUACUUCUGUUUCUUGCAACGGUUAUGGUGAAAGGAGUUCCUUGUCUCCCCUCAAUCUGCUAAUUAUAGCUGGUAAUAACCCCACUUACCCAUUGUAUGACUUGAUAGUAAGGUUGCUCAAACAGUGCUUGCAAACAGUACAACUCCUAAACAAAGCUGUCUGAAAGCAAGCAUUAUUAAAAAAAAAUCAGUGUUAAAGCCACAGAAUAUUUGGUUGAUUUGUCUACAUAUAUUUCCAAAUGGCUAUCCACUAUGAUUACACACGAAGGGUUCAACUUUAUACCUUUAAAGAGAUGGCUGUAAAGAUUACACAUAAUUUUCGAUUAACGGGCCUUAUUUUUCAGCAUAAUACCUUUUUAAGUGUAAAAGUAGCUCUGGAGCCUAAGAAGCUGUGUUCAGACAUCUCACUCUUCUCACAAUAUUGAUGCAGUUAACAACAUUAUAACAGGAAACAGCCAAACCUAGGCAAAGAGAAAAAGAUAGUAAAUGCUUUAUUGGCCUAUAUUUAAACAUACUUUGUUAAAUUCCAGGGCCAAUUGACUGACCACCUGAAGACUAUUAAGACGAGUCAAUAAAACUUGCUCUGGAUGGCUUUACAUUGACAGCAUUCUUGUUUGGUUCACAUUCAUCACACACUGGCCUAGCCUUAAUUUUUGGCUUUUUUUAUUUUAUUUUUAAAUUUGGUUUGGUUACAAGAGGUUAUUUUCUUUAAAAUGUGAUUUGUUAUAUCGUAAUGGAAGCUUCACAAUACACAUAUGUACGACAUGAGGGAGACUAGACUAAUCAGCUAGACAUUUACCUAUUAAAUGUUUUUUUCUUUUCUUUUAUAACCUUUGCAACAUAAAUAUAACGGCAGUUCUAGCUAAUCAUAUGACUACAACUGUUAUGGAGUAUGAAACAUAUUAUGCAUUUGCAUUCUUACAUAUGCAGCGCGGUAUAAGAUAUGUACUUUAUAGAACUUCACACAUACUGCAGGAUAUGCUUAGAUGGGACUUAAAAUGCACUUAAAAUGUAUUUUCUUGUGAGCAGUUAUGAAGAAACCCAUAAUUAUUAAAAUAAAAUAGCAUUUUGUAAUUGAAAUUUGAUUGUUGUACAAGCAUCAUUGCUUAGUUUUUUUUAAUUUGGUCACGUUAAUAUUUUAAUACAUUUGAAUAAAAUGUUCUAUCCAUA